AUGGUACCACAGGCAUCAGAUAAGAAGAAACAACAACUAGUAGAAUAUCUUCAAACGUUUACCCAGGAGAAUAUAUUCACACAAAAAGAAUUUGAAAAGAAAUGUCCUGUCAAAGCACCUUCACAACAAUUGAAAGAGAUGCUAGAUGGUGUCAUGUGUGAGUAUCCUCUACUCUUAGACACUUGUAAAUGUGGGAUAAUUAACGUAUAUUACAUGUAUCCACAGGAGACACAACGACAUAUUAUAAAGCAAUGUUUGACGAUUGAAAGCAAGAUGACGCAGAGUGGUACUCGCAUUCAGAAGAUGAAACAAGAUCUGGAAAAUGAGUCAGAGCAAAGGACUAAUUUUAAAGGAAGAGAUAGUUUGUUAGAAAGACGAACACAAUUAUAUAAAGAAAAAAUGACAUUAUCAAAGGAGAUUGGUCUCUUGGAAAGGCAUAAUUUAUGUUGGAGCACGGAGAGAAUUCAAUCAGAGACGCAACGAGCCACCUCAAUGCGUCAGGAAUUAGAAUCAUUGACUGAUGGAAUUGAAAUUUUGGCAGAUUACCUUUGCAGUCGUUUUAAUAUUGAUCAGUAUGCGUUGAGGCAGGAACUCGAGAUUCCACUCGAAUUUAAACAAUUAUGA